AUGUCCAUCAUGUUACAAACACCAUCUCGAGCUUCUACCGCCUCUUCCUCCUCUUUCCAGCCUAUAUCACGCCAAAACACCAUGUCUUCCUACGACGGCUCGCGCUCUGCGCGCCAGUCGAAGCGCUACUCGAUGUCAGCUCUGUACAUGUCAAUUUCCGCCAACGAAGGAGACUUACAGAUUGAGGAUGAGCUUGCCAAAGCACAAAAGGCGUUGCGUGAUCUUAAUGUGCGCUAUCUAGAUUCCCGAAUCGCGUUGCUUAUCCAGAAUCGUAUGGCCUUGGAGGAGCAAAAUGAAGUUGCCAGCCAUCUCGAAGAUGCUCUUGAGAUGCAGCAGGGUGUCUUCCCUAACGACGAUAAAACUCAGAAAUACGGAAACCUUUUGUUUCUGCUCCAAUCUGAGCCUAGGCACAUUGCACAUCUCUGCAGGCUGGUCUCGAUGUCCGAGAUUGAUUCACUCCUUCAGACUGUCAUGUUCACUAUCUACGGAAACCAAUACGAGAGUCGAGAAGAGCAUCUCUUGCUCACUAUGUUCCAGUCCGUCUUGACAUAUCAGUUCGACAACACACCAGACUACUCCUCCUUGCUCCGCGCUAAUACGCCCGUCUCUCGAAUGAUGACUACAUACACCCGAAGAGGUCCUGGUCAAAGUUUCCUCAAAUCCGUGCUUGCUGAUAGAAUCAACGGCUUAAUCGAGCUGAAAGAUCUUGACCUAGAAAUCAACCCGCUCAAGGUCUACGAGCGAAUGAUUGAACAGAUCGAAGAGGAUACUGGCCAAUUACCUCCCCAUCUUCCCAAGGGAAUCACUGGCGAACAAGCUGCCGAGAACCCUCAGGUCCAGGCCAUCAUCGAGCCCCGCUUAACCAUGUUGACCGAGAUUGCUAAUGGCUUCUUGACCACCAUUAUUGAGGGCCUCGAGGAAGCGCCUUAUGGUAUUCGUUGGAUCUGCAAACAAAUCAGAAGCUUAACCAAGCGCAAAUACCCAGAUGCUAAUGACCAGGUUAUUUGUACCUUGAUCGGUGGAUUCUUCUUCCUGCGCUUCAUUAACCCUGCGAUCGUUACCCCGAAAUCCUACAUGCUUAUCGACGGAACCCCGGCCGAACGACCCAGACGAACUCUAACAUAUAUCGCCAAGAUGCUUCAGAACCUCGCGAACAAGCCAUCCUACGCCAAGGAGCCGUACAUGGCUAAGCUCCAACCGUUCAUUCAUCAAAACAAGGACAGAAUCAACAAAUUCAUGCUUGAUCUCUGCGAAGUCCAGGAUUUCUAUGAGAGCCUCGAGAUGGAUAAUUAUGUUGCGCUGUCAAAGAAGGAUCUUGAACUGGAGAUUACCCUCAAUGAAGUGUACGCCAUGCACUCGUUACUUGACAAGCAUCAUGAUGAGCUGUGCAAGGAUGACAAUUCGCACCUUGCUAUCAUCAUGUCGGAGUUGGGAGCAUCACCCCCACAGUUGCCACGAAAAGAGAACAGAGUCAUCAACUUGCCUUUGUUCAGUAGAUGGGAGUCAGCUAUCGGCGAUCUGACGGCAGCCUUGGAUAUCACGCAGGAGGAAGUCUAUUUCAUGGAAGCCAAGUCGAUUUUCGUACAAGUCAUGCGAUCGAUCCCAGCAACUAGUGGGGUAGCCAGGCGACCACUGCGACUGGAACGUAUUGCUGAUGCCGCAGCUACAAACCGCAGUGAUGCAGUAAUGGUUCGCAAAGGUAUCCGGGCUAUGGAGCUGUUGUCUCAGCUUCAGGAAUUGCGCGUUAUUGACAAGGCCGACCAGUUCAGUCUCCUUCGGGACGAAGUUGAGCAGGAGCUUCAGCAUCUCGGAUCACUCAAAGAGGGUGUUAUCACCGAGACCCAGAAGCUGCAAGAGGUUUACAAGACGAUCCGUGAUCAUAAUGUCUAUCUCAAUGGACAACUCGAGACUUAUAAAAGCUACCUGCACAACGUUCGAUCACAGAGCGAGGGUACUAAGAGAAAGCAGCAGAAGCAGCAAGUCCUUGGUCCGUACAAGUUCACACACCAGCAGCUCGAGAAGGAGGGUGUCAUCCAGAAGAGCAAUGUUCCCGACAACAGACGGGCCAACAUCUACUUCAACUUUACCAGUCCAUUACCUGGAACAUUCGUCAUUUCAUUGCACUACAAGGGUCGUAAUAGGGGUCUACUUGAAUUGGAUCUCAAGCUUGAUGAUCUGCUUGAGAUGCAAAAGGAUAAUCAGGAUGACCUUGACCUGGAAUAUGUCCAGUUCAACGUGCCAAAGGUGUUGGCAUUGUUGAACAAGCGCUUCGCAAGGAAGAAGGGCUGCAAGGGGCCAAAUGUUCCAAGCCACCUCACUGUCUCAGGGAUGGCUGGUAGAAUUCGACAGCCCGUCGAUGAGGCGGCGCUUGAGAAAUACAUUUCUGAGCAUGUCCCAACCAUCAAAACACCAAUUGAUCUAAAACAGUUUGGUUUCGGCCAAUCCAAUCCUACAUACCAGAUUACUGCUUCAGAUGGCCAACGCUUUGUGAUGCGCAAGAAGCCACCUGGAAAGCUCCUUUCCAAGACAGCCCACAAGGUUGAGCGCGAAUACCGCAUCAUGCAUGCUCUGGAGAACACUGAUGUUGCUGUACCCAAAACGUACUGUCUAUGCGAGGAUGACUCUGUUAUUGGCACACCAUUCUAUAUCAUGGAAUUCCUCGAUGGACGUAUCUUCGAAGACUUUACCAUGCCAGGCGUGGAACCCGCCGAGCGUGAGGCUAUGUGGCGCGAUGCCGUGGUAACGCUGGCACGCUUCCAUGCAGUUGACUACAAGAAGGCCGGUCUGGAGAAGUUUGGCAAACCAUCAGGUUUCUAUUCGCGACAGAUCAACACGUGGGUGACUAUUUGUGGUAGUCAGGAAAAGGCCGUCGACAUUGAGACCAAGGAGCCUGUUGGCAAGCUCCCACACUUUGAGGAAACGGUUCGCUUCUUCAAGAAUGAGCGUCUGCAACCCAAGGACCGGGCAACACUGGUACAUGGAGAUUAUAAGAUUGACAAUUUGGUAUUUCACAAGACUGAACCAAAAGUCAUUGGAAUCUUGGAUUGGGAGAUGUCUACUGUUGGACAUCCGCUCUCCGACAUUUGCAACUUUCUUAUAAACUUCUACUCGGCCAAAUCCCCCGGUGCGACUCCUUAUGAUGCAUCCGGAUUUCUCCCCGGCAAGACGCCCGGUCUUCCACAACCAGAGCAGAUCCUGGAGUGGUACACAGAGGAGAGCGGAUACGAUCCUCGGCCAGAGGUACCAUGGGGAAUGUCGUUCAGCAUCUGGAAGCUGGCUGGUGUUUGUCAAGGAAUCGCGGCGCGAUAUGCGCUGAGGCAGGCGAGUAGUGAGAAGGCAAAACAGCACGCUGUGACGAGGGGAUCUCUGGCAAAGUUCGCUUGGGCAUUGGCUAAAGAGGCUGGUGCGGAUGAGACUGGGACGAAACUGUAG